GUUGAUCUCCCUGUCCUCGAGAUGCCCACCUCCGUCUAUCUCGAGAUCGGCAUCGGCUCCAAGGCCGAAUACGAGCACCAGCUGGCAGCUUACCAUCGGGCCUGCAAGUUUAUCAGCGAGUCCGCCGCCAUCUAUGGCCAUGACCCACAGGCGGCCCCCGAGGCGCUGCUGGGGACAGAAGCUAUCGAUAUACUCGGCGAGGCCUAUUCCUCCGAUCCCAGCCGGGCAUCCCAGGGGCCGCUGCGAUUCGAGCCGGUACCUCCAUACUCUGCGGGCCGGCUGAUCAUCGAGCUGUUCGCAGACCUCUGUCCCAAGACCGUCGAUAACUUUGUUGCCCUUUGCACUGGAAGCAAAGGCUUCUGCAAGGCGGCCAAGGCCAAGCCAAUGCACUUUGCCGCCAACCCCAUCCACCGGGUCGUCAAGGAUUUUGUGAUGCAGGGCGGCGACAUUACCCGAGGCGACGGCUCCGGCGGAGAGUCCAUAUACGGGCCAACCUUCAACGACGAGAAGGCUGGCCUCAAGAUCAAAUGCGACGACGUCGGAUACGUGGGCAUGGCCAACUCGGGCAAGAACACCAACUCGAGCCAGUUUUUUAUAACUCUGUCGGACGACCCAUCAAAGUAUGCAAAGAUGAACGGCAAGCAUGUUGUCUUUGGACGGGUUGUCGAAGGCGUCUCGAUCCUGCGCACGAUCAACGAGCUUGGUACUGUUGGGGGCACCCCUGCCGACAGCAUCGUCAUUAUUGAUUCCGGGGCGCUGUAGCAGUCAGAUAUGGAUCGAGAGGAAGCGAUUCUUGUCCUUCUUGGGCCCAAGGCACAUGGCGUAUUUGAUGGAGCGGCCCUGCGAGGUGGCCGUGACGACAGCGACUGUUGGUUGUGCAGAUGAUUCGACUGAGGUCUGGUGGGAAUCGAGUGGGAAUCGAGAAUGAAGAGCGAGAUGCCGGGGACCACGGGGUCCUGAUGGAUAGUGUACUGCAGUUGUAAACGAGUGCACAAUAAAGAAAGGAAAG